GAAAUGGUGAAGACGAAAGCUGGAGAGAGACCAAAGCAAAGACAGAGGAAAGGUUUCUGGUCACCUGAAGAAGAUGAGAAGCUAAGGAGCUUCAUCCUCUCUCAUGGCCAUUCUUGUUGGACCACUGUUCCCUUCAAAGCUGGGUUACAAAGGAAUGGGAAGAGCUGCAGAUUAAGAUGGAUUAAUUACCUAAGACCAGGAUUAAAGAGGGAUAUGAUUAAUGCAGAAGAAGAAGAGAUCAUAUUGACUUUUCAUUCUUCCUUGGGUAACAAGUGGUCACGGAUUGCCAGGUACUUACCGGGGAGAACAGACAAUGAGAUCAAGAACUAUUGGCACUCUCAUCUGAAAAAGAGGCUCAAGUCUCAGAGGCCUCAACAUGCAACAUCUAUAUCCACUUCUUCUGAUUCACUUGUUGCUUGCGUGAAAAGAAAUCCACACAUCAACCCACUUCCAGAGAAGACUUCAUCAUCUCCAUCACAAGAAAGCAACAACAACUAUCCAUGCGCUUCUGGUCCUGAGAUUCCAAGGCUUUUCUUCUCCGAGUGGUUUUCUCCCCACAUUGAUCAUUCCUCUGAUUUGGCAGACUCUAACCACAACCAAACUCCAAAUAUUCAAGAAUACGUCUCAGAUUACCAAGAAACAGGUGAUGUUAAUCAGUUCCAUUGCAACGAAAUGGUGAUGAACAACAACAACUGGACUCUUAACGACGUUGUGUUUGGCUCUAAGUGUCAGAAGCAUGAGCCUAAGAUUGAUACUGAUUCAGUUUCAAAAAACAAAAAGAUUGAUACUGAUAGAGACGACACACAUUGUAAUUCUUCUGAUUAUUUAUUUUCUUCAUCAAUAACCAUAUAAAUCAAGUCACAAACAAUGUAAAUCAAAUUAUUAAGGAUCAGAAGACUGAAGGUAAGAUAUAUAAAAG